CGCACCGACUUCGUUGUUCUCUCGUCCUUAACUCGUUGGCGGAUUUUUUCCCUGUGCAAUGUGCGGUCCUUCGUCAGUGUGCCCCGAAGUGAUAUAGACCUUACUUCUCUUACGCCUUCUCCAUCUGAGCUGGUACUCUAUGCGGCUGCUCGAUUCUUAAACAGAUAUUGCUCGUUGCGAGUUCGAUAUCUAAAUCAUCAGUAAUUACUUGUUUUGUUUAACUGACAAGAUAUAAUCAUGAAACUUUUACCAUUGCUGUUAAUCAUUUGUGCGAUAGGGGCUGCAAACGGCAUUAAUUUCAACAUCUUCAGAUGGCCCUCUUUUAAUCGAAAUAAGGGGGGAGGAGGAGGAGGAGGAUAUGGUGGCGGUGGAGGAGGAUAUGGUGGCGGAGGAGGAUAUGGUGGCGGUGGCGGCGGAGGUGGUGGCGGUUUUCGACUCCCAAAUCCUCUAAGAGGCCUCAAAAGAUUGAAGUCCCAAGCCUUCACAAGUCUCAGGAACCUCAAAGCUCCCAUCAUAGAAGGUAUUCGCAACCUGAAGAGCCAGGUCCUCGAUUUUAAGGGGAACCUAUUUUCCCAAGCAGGAAAUUUGUUUAACAAAGGCGGCGGAGACAGUGGAGGCCAGUCCAGUUAUUACCGCAGACCUCCGUCUCAUUAUGGAAACGAAAAUAGUAAUAACGGAUAUUUUGAAAUCUCUUAUCAGCCACCAUCAGCACCAUCUACUGGGUAUGGCGCCCCUCAAGCACCAUCGUCAAGCUAUGGGGCACCACAGGCACAAUCAUCGGGCAUUAGUGCUCCUCCUCAAGCACCAUCAUCAAGCUAUGGGGCACCACAGGCACAGUCAUCGGGCAUUAGUGCUCCUCCUCAAGCACCAUCAUCAAGCUAUGGGGCACCGCAGGCACAAUCAUCGGGAAUUAGUGCUCCUCAGGCACCAUCAUCAAGCUACGGGUCACCCCAAGCCUCUUCAACAGGCUAUAGUGCUCCAAGGCAACCUAACAAUAACUUAGCACCAUUACUGGAGACAGGAACUGGAUUUAGAGAGUCUUCAGCACCAUCAGGUUCUGGUUACUCAUCAACAGGCAGCACUGGUUUCAGACCAUCAGCUCCAGCAGGUACUGGUGGUACUGGUAACCCAGCACCUAUCCAGAAUUCUUUCUUGGGUGCCACAGGGCAGCAAGCAGGUGGUGCAUACAAUACCCAAGCUAAUAGUGCCCAUCAACAGCAGUCUCAGAUCAAUGCUCCUCUCUCAGCUGCUAUGGCCAUGGGCCAUUUACUGAAUGAAGACGAAGUCAUCAAGGGAACAGGACAAGCCCAGUCUCCUCAGUGGCAGCCUGUGGUAGGACCCACCGGCACUGCUCCUAAUAUUGAUGUUAGGGCACCUGCUAGUAUAAAACAGGCGAAUGCAGUAGAAAAUACGGUGCAGUACACAGGUACGCCGACGCCAGUGAGAGGUACUGCACCGACCACAGGAGAGCCUCUCUUUAUAGACCUUGAUGGGUCAGGUGGCAUUGAUAUCGGCGCAAGCUCUCCGGGAUCGCAAGCAGCACCAAGCGAUCCUGUUGCAGCUGUUGAUGCCGAGGAAAACUUUUUCAUUUCUGCCACCGAGGAUUACGAUGACAUUCUACUAGUAGACAAAGGAAGCCCAGACGCAGCUGCUCAAGCUUUGGCGAAGGUAGUUGAUGCUGCUCUUCUUAUCAAUGAAGGAACCGACAACAACGAACUCGUAGGUCCUAGAGGCUCAUCUGAAGGCAAGGCUUUAACUGGAAGCCGACUUCAGGAGGAUGUAGUGUUGAUAGAACAAACAAACGACAUUGAUGUUAGUGGCGGACGGACAUUGCACGCCCUGCAACCUGGUCAGAACUCAAAUAUGAUGUUCUCUGGACUCAUGGAAGAGCUAAAACUCAACACACUGAUGGCACUGAUAAGGAGAGCAAAUCUCGAAGCGAUGCUCACCACGGAAGGAGGCUUCACGAUCUUCGCCCCGACGGACGCAGCAUUUACCUUGCUGCCCAGAUCAGCAGUGGCGCAGCUGCAGAACAACACGGAGAAACUGCGGGAGGUCGUCCUGUUCCACGUCGUCCCAGGGGCUGUCAAGCUAGACGACCUCAGGAACAACAUCAUGCUGAACUCUGCGUCACCCAAAGGCCGCAAGUUGAGGGUCAACGUUUAUCAACACGGCAAUGAUGACGAGAAUGUAGUAACGGUCAACGGGGCGAGGGUGAGACGCCACGACAUGAUAGCCACCAACGGCGUCAUCCACGUCAUCGACAGGGUGCUGUACCCGAUGGCUGACCUCAGCAUCAUCGACCAUCUGACGACGUGUGAAACUUUCACGGGGGCCAACGUAGCAGUGACAGGUGCAGGCUUAACACCUGUCUUGGACAGAGAAGGACCAUAUACCGUCUUCUUGCCCACGACAGAAGCUUUUGCAGCCAUUGACAAUGCAACUGUGUCCAGUUUCAUUCAGAAUAUUACUAUGUUGCAAAACGUGCUGAUGUAUCACAUUCUUCCCGGAGCAUAUUUCAGCGAAGGCCUGAGAGACGGCAUGUGGCUGCCGACCCUGGCCGAGCAGGAGCUUCAAGUCAGAAUUACCUCAGAUGGAUACACCCGUCGACUUGCAGGCGUCGGGAUAGCAGCUAAGGUCUUGAAACACGACAUCAUCGCUAAAAAUGGCGUUAUUCACGUCAUCGACACCGUCUUGAGGCCCGAGAAAGAGGAACCGAUAUGUGGACACUUUUAACAGGCUGUGUGGUUUGACCUCUGAAUGGAGGAACGAUUUAUGUUUGAGGAAGAAAAUGUAACAGAGUAAAACGAUUCAAUGAAACUUAUUUACCUCAAAAUUGUUUCGGAAAACCGUUCCGGAAUUCUUGGGCACCUUAUGAAUGAAUUCAAACAAUAAAAUGAGAAGCUAAUGGCUAGAGCUUCUGCUGUACCGAGUGACUGUGUGUUCAUAUACUGUACAUAAUGGUUCAUCUACAGUCUUGGCCAACGAGCAGAGUUCAAGGUGGUUCCUACCAAAGAGUUUGUUCAGUGAAAGUGUUAUACGUUUGGCAAAGUGUCGUCUACUCGUAUGUGCCCUUCUACACCGUUCAAAAGAACGGCGUCCUAGUGUCCAUUGCCUUUAAGCACAAGAGUUGAUCUCAUUUGCUUCUGGCAAGAAUAUGUGAGGUCAAAAUGUUUGUCAUUUGAAUGAUUUUGUCAAUAUCGAAACUAUUUUUCCAUGUUUUUGUCAUUAGUUGAGCUGUAGCUUAGUCACUGUUGUUGUAAUGCAUUUUUGUUAUAUAUACUGUAGUGUACAUAAACAGAUGAUGAAUAUAAAUUACCUGUAUAAAGUAAAUAUCUCCUAGAACUUUCUGAAUCACAGUAGGCCUUUUUUUUUUUUUUAGAAUAAGUUCACUUCGCUCACUUUCUUCAAGCCCAUCAAUGGGCCUCUUCGUAGCCUUGAGCUUAAGAGACUAGAAUGCAUCUUUUUCCGAUAUCCAAGUUUUAUUGGGGCAGAAAAGUUGGGCAAUAUAUAAUGUUUUUUAUACUGAGCAAAUUGGUCUUUCAUGUUUUCGACAUCAUGGCAAAUCCUCAAUGUCUUUAUUUUUUUCUUUGAGGCAUCUGUGAACGAAGUUUCUAAAUGGCAUCACUGGUACAUCGGAAUAUUUUCUUAUAAAUCUUUAAAAAUGUAGUCUAUUCGCUUCGUCUUUUUUUCUUUUCCGGAUAUUCCUUUACCUCUUUUCUAAGCGUAGAAACAUUUUCUGGUCAUAGUGGAAGAACGAUUUGGAUAUCGGGGUACCUUAAAGUAAAACUUUCUUUCCUAGUCACGUUCCUUUAGCUAUUACCCUGCUUAAUAAAGAUGCUAACUUAACAUCUCAAUUAAACGACUUCUUGAAAGUACGAUCAUAUAAAAAUCUACUGUUGCCAUCCUCUAAACUUAUUUCUCAAUUGCCUCAUCUAUUUGUUACAGAGUAAUUUGUAUUUUGUAUUAUUGUUUGCCAGAGCUUCUGUUGCAUUUCCAAGGAUUUACAGUCUGUAAUGUAUAAUGAAAUGAAAGAAGUAUCCUACAUAAAAUAGUCGCCAAGGAGGAUGCAGAUCUAUUCAGCCUCUACCUCUGGGUAAACUCAAUCUUUUUGAGCUCUGUGUAGCUUUGGCCUUAAGGAAGAACUUAAGUCUUCGUGUCUUCGAAAUUAUGUCCACCGUAUCUAAAGAUAUAUGGAUUUUAGCGUAAAAGGACAAUACUUUUUGAUGUUUUGCAUAUCGUCAAACUUGUCUGCUAAUAGCGUACGUUUUCCAUUACUUGCUCUCCUAGCGGUGUUAAUCAAUUUGACAGUCGUGCAUUUAAAGAAAAAGUAUUGGUGUUUUUUUAAGCAUUUUCUUUUUAUCUCUAUUUAAAAAUACAUUAUAAAGUUAUUUGCAUUACUAACAUUAUCCAAUAAUUUCAUCAGAAACUUGGUUUUCCAAAGAAAAAAAAAUGAUGCUGGUUAUCCUUCUUCCACAAACGGCACGUGUAGUUUCACCUGUGUAAAUAGUGUUUCGUUUCUGUGAGUCUCCUCUUGGAAGUACAAACGUGAGGGUCCUGCGGGCAGGUUUCUUUGACCUUGUGGAUCUCCAGGAUUUCCAGCCUAACAAUUGAUGUUUUCCAGUGGUUUGCUUUAUGUUUCUCAUGAUUUACUGUCUAUUUACAUUUCGUCUAUACUGUACAAAGUUAUUUCUCCCGAGGAGUUUGUGUCAUUGCCUUUUCAAUCCACGAAUAAAGUGCUACUGUUUCUGUAGCUUUUCUUUGUUUAAAAGUGGUAAGAUUGCAAUUAGUAAAGUGACAAAUUACAAGAUAAAAACUUAACAAAGUAUUUUAUAAAUAAAGUCAAGUUCACUAUCAACAAGAUGAAGAAUGUCAAAUGAAAUUUCAGUCGCCUUUGGACUAUCGUUAUCAUGAGCUCGUUGUACCAAAAAUCAAUGCGUCAUUCUUGCAAGUAAAUAUAUAUUGGUAUGGAAAAUAUAAGCUCACAAUGAAUAUACAUUGACAAGUAAAAUAUGUACUCAUAUAUUUGUAAAUAAAAAAAGCAAAUGACAGAAUCCCCUUGUAAGCAAGAGCUGGAGAGAAUUAUAAUUAAUACAAAGUAUAUUAAAAAAAAGUAACUCAAACAUUGCGUAGCAGUUCAUUUUCGUCAACUGAUUUAAAUCGUCGCAUCAAAUAUUUACACACAAGCACUUGAUUCGUGGAUCUUUCA